AUGUCAGUUCUGGAACAGCUCAAGAAAGUGACGACAGUUGUCGCCGAUACUGGAGAUUUCAAUGCAAUGAAGGAGUUUCUACCCACAGAUGCGACAACCAAUCCUUCACUGAUCUUGAGUGCUUCGAAAAUGGAGAAGUACGCUCCUCUAGUUAAGGAGUCAAUAGCGUACGCCAAAGAGACUGGGGCUUACAAGACUCCAUCGCAGGUGCUCGAGCUGGCAAUGGAUCGAUUGUUUGUAGUGUUCGGGAAAGAGAUUCUGAAACUUAUUCCUGGUAGGGUUUCGACAGAAGUUGAUGCUAGGCUGUCAUUUGAUACGAACGCGUCCAUUGAAAAGGCGUUGUCUCUGAUUGAUCAGUACGAAAAGCUUGGUAUCUCAAAAGAACGUGUUCUGAUUAAGUUGGCAUCUACUUGGGAAGGUAUUGAAGCAGCUAGAAUACUUGAGUCAAAGCACGGAAUUCAUUGCAAUAUGACCUUACUGUUUAAUUUCGAGCAAGCCGUUGCUUGUGCAGAGGCGAAUGUGACCCUUAUUUCGCCUUUUGUGGGUAGGAUUUUAGAUUGGUACGCUAAAAAUACCGAUGGAAAGAAGUACGACCGUCAUAGUGACCCUGGAGUACUGAGUGUAAAGCGUAUUUUCAACUACUACAAGAAACAUGGAUACAAAACUCAAGUGAUGGCGGCAUCCUUCAGAAAUACUGAACAAAUUAAAGGCCUAAUAGGCUGCGAUUUACUCACUAUUAGGUUGGAUUUACCUUAUGCGACUCUAUCUUACAAGGCUUUUUAA